CAUUCUUUUGAGAAUACGAAUAUGUGCAAACACAUGCACAUCGUAUUGUACAUAAUCACUUAUCUUUAGAGUAUAUAACUGGGAGACGCAGGCAUAAACAAACCUUGUCUACACACGAACAAGUAUAAUCUAAGAAAUCAAUACUGGUUUAAUUUAUCGGAGAAAAUCAAUUUUCGCUUUUGGCUUUUGUAACUAUAAUGGUGGAUAAAGACGAAGACAAGAAUAUUGUAACGAACAAUAUAGCUCAAAAACAGGAACAGAAUAAGAUUGCGCAAAAAACUCAUAACUUAUCAUCAACAGCACCAACAACAACAACAUCUCCAUCUUUACAACACACCUCAAAUGCCGCGGCAAGUUCAGGAGCCAGCUGCAAUCAGAUUGCAACAAAUUCUACACACCUGAAUACUGCAGCAGCUACACAUCAAGCAAAAGGCCAUGAUAAUACCACAACUUUUCCGCAAUUCAUUACCGGUAGUGCUAGUGGCGCCCAUACGCAACUGGCCACAGAGUUGCCGCACGAAGACGAGGAAAGGCUAGAGAAGCUAUUCAACACGCUUGAUCGGGACGGUAAUGGACGUAUAGAUAUUCAUGAUCUCUCUGAAGCAUUACGAGAGUUUGGUCUCUCAAGUGUGUAUGCCGAGAAAUUCUUGGAACAAUCCGAUAUUAAUCAAAGUGGCGAUGUUGGCCUGGCAGAAUUCGUGUUCUAUGUGCGUGAACACGAAAAGAAUUUACGACUACAGUUUUCACAUCUGGAUAAAAACAAAGAUGGCAAAGUGGAUUUGGAAGAGUUAAUAGACGCUUUUAAAGAUUUGGGCAUUGAAGUUGACCCAGAGGAAGCCACAAAUCUACUUUCACGAAUGGAUCAAGAUGGCAGUUUAAAUAUUAGCUUUAAUGAAUGGCGCGAUUUCCUAUUAUUGGCACCAUCCACUGAUAUUCACGAUUUGAUCAAAUUCUGGCGGCAUUCUACUAUUCGAUAA